AACGACACUGUCGUUGUUUGUUGACGAUGAUGACGUAUGAGGGCGCAGUUGGGACUGAAAACAAGAGUGGUGCUGCGUAAUUUCGCUGUUCAUUCUUCGUUUUUGCGUAACGCUGGAUACAGACAACCGUAAGGUGGUGGAAAUAUGUCAGAGAGUUCAAGUGACACCGAGUCUUCUUGCGGAUGGACCAUCAUAAGUAAUGAGGGCUCAGACAUUGAAACCCUGGGGCCAGAGCAUGGAGCGGACAGCAAGCCUCAGCGUUCUGAGAGUCUGGAUGGGGAGGAGACACAGGAGGAGGAGGAGGAGGUACAGGAGGAGGUGCAACAGGAGCCAUCUGUGCUUCAGGCUGAGCAACACAGUGAAUCAUGGAUUGAGUCAUCUCUUGACAAUACUCUAAAAGAGGAAACGCAUGAACAGCCAGAAGGUGUUUCUGAGGCCGUGGUUGGGCAUGUGACACUGUGUUCCUCGAGCGAGCACUCGGAUAUCAUGACUCUAGAACCAUUGAUGGUGGCAGAGCCAGAGGCAUCAUGGGAGGAGCAACAGGACCUCUACUUGGGCACCUCCUCCAGUAGCCAGUACACAUUCAGCACCUUGGAGACGACUCCAGGCUUGUUCGUGGGCCAUUGGAAGCUUCCAGAAAGUCUCUGGGACUUGGGCAGUCGUCUGAAAGGGCAUCUGUCUGGCAGCUGCUCGGUCUCAGCCUCACUGCCUGUGGAGCCCUCAGGGAGAGACUCCAGCAGCAGCAGUGGGGAAGAGGAGGUGCGGGAGCCCAGCCCGGCACUGCGGAGGCGCAGGGUGAGGAAGAGCACAGCCUCCACGUCUGAGACGGAGGAGGCUAAGAGUCUUGGGCCUGGCCAAGAGGGACCGACCAUGCAGCAGGAGCAGGAGGUGCAGGAGGUGCAGCGGGCACCUCCUCCUCCAGGACACGGCAGUGGAACUCUUAACAAGUGCAUCCUGGUGGCCCUGGUGAUCGCCAUCAGCAUGGGCUUCGGUCACUUCUACGGAAAAUUUGAAGGUACGGUCCAAACCCAGGAGAGGCAGAAGAUGGCGGAUAAAAUGCGCGGGAUCGAGCCGAGCGAUGCGGCUGCAGACCUGCAGAAGUGUCGCAGGGAGAGAGACGUCAUCGCGCAGAGCAAGGAAGUGGUUCAGCACCUGAGAGAAGACCUAGAGGAAAAGCAGGCCAUGGUGCUCUCCCUCACUCAGAUUAUGGAUAAGAUAACUAAAGAGAACCAUCAGCUCAGGUUGAAACAGUCUCAGCAACAGGCCCAGAAAAAAGAGCUCACUGAGAGACUAAAGCAGAGCGCGCAGGAGAAGAAUGAUAUGGAGUUCCAUCACAGACACUUGGCCACAGAGAACCAGCAGCUGAUGAGCUCACUGGAGCACGAGGAGCAGUCACUGUCCGCCCUGCAGGAGGAGCUGCUGGGCCUCCGCACCCAGAUCCGGGACCUGGAGGAGAGGGGCGCGGGGGCUGAUUCCGUCUUGUCGGAGAACCAGAAGCUGAAGGAGCACCUGGAGGAGGAGAAGCAGCGCAUCCGGCUGUUCCUCAGCCAGAAGGAGGCGCUGGUGGCAGAAGCGCAGACGUUGCGGCAGGAGCUGGACCGGGAGCGGAAGGCAACAGACCAACUGAAGGAGGAGCUGGAGCAGCUGAGCGGCCAGAGCACGGCGGAGUCUGACCCGGAGACAGAGGAGCUGCGGGCCAGGCUGGCCGAGCUGGAGAAAAAGCUGAGCUUUGAGCAGCAGCGCUCUGACCUGUGGGAGAGGCUGUACGUGGAGACCAAGGAGGACCGGGCAAAGGGAGACCAGCAGCCCAGAGCCAAGAAGCCCCGGGAUGGCAUCAUCGGAAAGGUAAAGGACACCUUCGAUGCCGUCAAGAACUCCACCAAGGAGUUUGUUCACCACCACAAGGAGCAGAUCAAGAAGGCCAAGGAGGCUGUGAAGGAGAACCUCAGGAAGUUCUCAGACUCUGUGAAGUCCACCUUCCGCCACUUUAAGAAUUCUGCCUCGCGUGUGUUUGAAAAGGCCCGUAAGCCUCAAGACAGGAAAUUCCACGAGAGGAAAGCAGGACUCCACGGGCGCCAGCAGGACCCUUCAAGGGAGCACAAGCAGGAGAAGGACUCUGGCAGUUCUUCUUGGCAGGCUCGGCCCCACAAACCCCUGCAUCAGCACCCACGCAAAUCUACGGCUGAUACCUUUCAGGCUGACCGUAACACCAGAAAGCCAGGGCCUACAGCCCAGAAGGACUCUGACUCAGCUCGUCACGGGAGGAGGCCUAAGGGGUGCUCUGGCGUAUUUGACUGCGCCUAUCAGGAAUCCAUGAGCCUGUUUAACAAGGCCCUGGAGCCCAUCCGAGCAGACGAGUUCAACCAGCUGAUCCACAGCUACCUCCAGCAGGAGGUAGACCACUUCCACCACUGGGGGGAGCUGGAGAGCUUCAUCAACAGCUUCUUCCACAAUGGUGUCUUCAUCCAUGAUCAGAUGCUGUUCACAGACUUUGUCAGUGGUGUGGAGGACUACCUGGAAGACAUGGAUGAAUAUCAGCGCUACAACGAUGAUGUAUUUGAAGAUCUUGAUGAUUAUGUCUACAAGCACUUCUUUGGAGAUAGCUAUUCAAAACAGUUUGGGCCUAGGGAACAGCACUAAGUGUGUCAGUUGGCUGCACCUGCACACUGGGCCAGGUUAUGUUCACAUGUGCCUAGAAGUGGUGAAUGGAGCAUCUUAAAAUUCUGUGGGAUAUAUGAGCAACCAUUUGUGGUUUUAAGUCAAUUGAAAUGAGACCAGAGAAGGCAACACAAAAAUAAUUUAUUUUUUAACUAUUCAGACUUAGUCUGGGCCCAGUCUGCGGACCUAGAAGUCCUCCCCUAAAACUUUUUGCCCAAGACUCUUUGGGUUUGAGCCCGCCUCCAGUUUUGGGGCAGGCAUUGAACAGGCACUGUGUCAAUUUGUUUUUAAUAUCAGAAAAACAAAAUAAGCAAGGAAUUAGCAUCACAAAAAAUAGGCUACAUUGAUAGGGUUAGAUAACACCUAUGAAAAUGAUUCCCAUUUUACUUUUUUCUGCAUGGAGAUUGUCCAUCACACCUCACACAGACUUAAUGAGCCAAUGUGCUCAUGAACAGAACGAGGUGAGAAUUCACAGCCUUGGCUUCAACUGCAGGAUGUGAAGAUCGCUGCGGAUUUCAAUUUUUUUCUCAUUUUUUUUUGUUUUGCAUGCAAACAAGACGUUUCAGCACAGAUUAUGAAGACGUGGAAGAGGCUUAGGCUAUAAGCGUUUGCACAAUGCAUAGAUGCUGUUUCUUUUUUCUUUUUUUUUGUUGUUGCAAAUUUACAGUAGACCCAUUGCAAAGCCAACCACAAAAAGGAAGCAGGACAGGCCGUCCCGGCACCACUGGCAGCAGCACCGGGCUCAUCCUCGCCCCCAAAAAGAGAGGAAGUGGAGCAAGCCGGGACGUUCUACUGGCAGACAUAUGGCAGAUGUCAAAAUCGAGCUUGGCCCCUUGCCUUUUGAUCCGAAAUAUUAACAGUAUCCUAGUCAAACCAUUUGUUUUGAUGAUUGCUUAAUCUGAAGUGGAAUUUUUUUUUUUGCUGUAGUUCAUCUGAUGGAUUUGACAGAAAAAUUCUUAAAAUUAUUAUUAUUUUUUUUACUUUGCACAGUGUUUACUUUUAAAGUUAAGUUUUUAAAAAAUUCAACUCACGGCUGGCUAAAUGGUUUGUUGCAUUCUUGUGUGGUGCUGCAAAUCAUUUCUGUCCUGGAUCGGCAGCUGUGAUGUUGCUCUGUCUUUAACUUCAUGAGUCAUGUGGCCACAAACACACUGAAAUAUGUUGCAGUAUUGUUUCCUGUAAAUUUUUGCCAUUGCAAUAAGUCUGUUCUGUUUCUUGGGGAGUGGUUGUGAAUUGCAUUGUACCAAAAGCUUUAUUGCAGAUAUUGCUAAGGUUAGUUAUCUUUAGAUCUUCUUUUCUCCAGGGUUUUGUCAAUAGUGUAAUUCACUGUCAUCUCUUGUCAAAUUUGAAGGUUAUACAAGAGUUGUAGUAUAACUGAACAUCUCCUUUAUACCAUAUAAAUUAAUCUGGAUAUUAGCAAUUCCCAAACACUGGUACGGUGUUGAUAUUUGGCAUAACAAUAAGUGCAGUAUAACUACACAACAGAUUUAAUCCUAUAUCUGAAAAGCAAUUAUAUUACGUGGCACAUUACCACAGAUUUCUGGCAAAGGACCAAAAUACUUGUCUAAUUUAAUUAUUUUCUGGGAGAUUUGAUGUGCUGAGUUGAUUUUCUCUUAGAUUAAAAUUGUGAUUUAUUAACCUAUAUUUUCCCUAUAAUAAAUAAGUCACUUAUUUCGAAUUCCUGCAUGUACAGUACUUGGACCAUCAUAGUCCAUCCAAAUGCAUUGUGUGGAUUUGUCUUUUUGCUGCUAUUUUUGGAAAUUAAACGUGUGCAUUUGCAAUAUAGAAAAAGAUAAUUUGCUAAAAAGCCCAAUAACAUUCCAGUGAAUUGUAGUUUCUUUUUCUUGUGCUGAUGAAACAUUUUUGUUUUCCUUACAGUUAUGAUGAUAAAGGUCAGUUCACAGUAGCUGUCUAGUAAUAAAAAGGAAAAAAGUUUG